UGCCGCUGGUGUCUCGAAAAUACGCAAACCAGAGAAUAACCAACCGCAGUACCUCCGAUCGCGGGAAUUGCAGUUUUCCUCCAAUCAUGUGGAAAAAUUGAGCAGGUGAUGGAGAAGAGGAGUCGCAAUGAACGUGGAAAAAUUGAUGAGUCAUGUUGUGAUGAUGUUCCCACUUGCAGUCGAGACAUAAACACAAGGAUUCAACAAAAUCAACUUCAAGGUCACGGCAGAAGGUGUCCAGCUCCGGAUGUCUUGGCACAGCUACAGUUCUCGGCUGACCCUGAGGAGAUAAAAUCCAUCCUAGACGACGUGAAAAGUGGUAGAAUAACCCAAGCUGUGGAAUUCAUCUUCUCCCUACGACCAUUCGUCGAAGAUGGAGGAAAAAUUCUAAUUCAGGUGAUGGAGAAAGACCUGGCAGAUUUUCGGAAACUAGUUGACGACAUUGUGGACUGCAGAGUGCAAGAUGAAGGCGAUGUGAUGCACCUCUCUCAAGUCACAAUGACUGAUAAAUUUACUCACCUAACGAAGCAAAUGAAGGACAGAACCGUGACAAUACUCGAGAAGCUCCAGAAAAUAUCUCCGAAGUUCGACUGGAAAAACGAUGGGAAGGACGAGUCAAAAUUAUCGACUCUAAUCAGUAUAAAAGAGAAAACAACACCAACGAGUGUCGAUCCCACGAACAACUUGAUCCACCGAAUAUUCAUGAGGAAUCAAUGGCUGAAACGUGAAUUGCAUCGGCUCCAGUCUGACAACAACAACCUCAGGAUGUUCUUCAAGCGGUUUAAAGAGUUGGCACUGCAGAGAAAAGCGGAGCAGAUAAAAGUCCCUCGAAUGUUGGCAGAGCAGCAAGAGAUGCUGGAGAAACAACUGGAGAAACUGAAAGGAAUAUAUCACCGAAAUUCUGAAAAAAUCCACGGCCUCCAUCUCAAUUACGAUGCAAGCAUUGACACCUAGCGAACAUUUAAUUACAAUUUAUUUAUUACAAUAAAUUCUGGAAUAAAUUCCUCAACAAAAUUGGAUAAUUGUCACCUGUACUUAUUGUUAAUAUUAUACAUCCGUGUGGAAUUAGUUCCUCUAAAUCAGAGAUGGGCUAUCGUAUCUACAAAAUUGUAUCGGUCGUUAUUACACUGAGAGAAAAAACGACUUUUUGUCAAGAAAAUUCACGAAUUCAAAAAAUUAUUCUAUCAAUUUUUAUUUUAUUCUUGGAAUCUUUCAGGGAUGAGAUUAUUAUUAUUUUCAUAUUCUUUUAGAGAUUCUGGCUUUAAGUUUCGUCCUGUGUUGAUUUUCUGAAAUUACAGGAAAAGUAUGACAAUAAUUCCCGGGACAGUAUAAAGAAUUAUAAAGAAUUGAUAUAAAAAUUUAAUUUUUAGCCAGAAUUCAAAGAUAUUCACUGGGAUGAAGAUAAUUUCCGAACUUGAUCGAAUUUUCAAAUGAAAUUCAAUGUUCAGAAGGAGAACGAGAUGAAUUUCCAACUCCUCCCUGAACUAUCCCGAUUUUUCAUGAUCUUUAUGGAAUAAUUGAAUAGAAAAAUCGAAUGUUUUAGGGAUUUCCCUUCAGAGAAAAAAACAAUGCAAUAUUUGCUUUUUCAAUCAUAAGAUUUUCAAAACUUAUUUAAGAUUUCCAUCAAAGAUUCAUAAAAAAAUCUCGAGUAGUGCAUUUGAAUGACUUUUUCCUCUCAAAGUAAGGAAAAAUGAUUUAUCAGGGGAUUUGACGGUUUUAAAAUGGCAAGUAGAUAUUUUCUUGUGACAAGUAAACUCUUUUUGUUGAAAUAAGUUUUGUCUCUCGGUGUACGACUAACGGAAUGUACUUUUUUCA